AUCCAGGCCAGUCCCUUCGACAAGCCAAUGGCUUCGUAACACUUGUUCAGCCUCCAAUCACCCAAUACCAACAUGCUACCUGAAUUCUUGCAGAGUAGUUACGCACGCUACAAAGCAGAUACCAAUACCUUUGCAACUUGGCUACUGGAGACAGCCAACCAAUGCGGCUAUCAACCACCUGGCCUCGCUGCAGCCAUUCUUGCCGUGAAGAAGGGGAAUGAACACAAAAGCAAAGGUAAACAUAACGGCUCGGAUGCAGUAGAUCCACUUCACUAUAGUGCGACCAUCAAAGAUCUGCAAAACCUCGCCGAGGUGGUUGCUGGUUCUGCUCGCGGGGUACCGAACUCAGUUCUCACCGUCGCCAAACGCGCCAUCCAAUUGAGAAAGACGGUCACGUCCUGGUUCUUGGGCCGAGGCGACUCUGCCAACAACAAGCGCCAUGCGCAUUUCAUCACGGUGCUGGAGCAGAUUUGCGAUAAUCUGGAGUGGAAGGCUAACCAGCAGUCCUCGAAGUCAGACGACGCUAAGCAAUCACCACCACAGACGGCUUCUGAGGCUGAAGCGGACAGAUUUCUGAACAAAUUCGCUGUUCUCACGGUGGAGGAACCGGAACUCCAGGAGACGACGCAAACCCAACCGGCAUCUGCCGCCGAAUCGAAGAAGAUAGUCAAAGUGGAUGUUGUUGAAGAGGAGGAGGGUAAUGAGGCAGCAGAAGAAGACUCAUAUCUGGGUCAGUUGUUCUUCAAGACUCUCUGCUUGCUCCAAGACUUGAACAACAUGCGAGCCUUCAUUUCCGUUACCUGGGCGGAGUAUCGCGACAAGAAGAUUGAUCUCAUGAACGCCGCGGUCGUGACUGAUAGUGCUUUGCAACUGGCCCGAGAUCUCGUGCAAGAGGCGGAAGCUGACUGGCGCACUAUCUCUCCCGGGGAUGAUAGUAUCCAGAAUAUGGUCUUCAAUCUCGCGGUUCUUACCCGCGGCAUUUCUGCCGGUCCAUCAAUGGAGAUUGGCCUGCCAUACAACAAGAACAUGGCUGAUGUAGCCGAGUGGUGCUAUGUGCCAACUAAGGUCCUGCUUGAGUCUUUCGCAAAUGUUCUCCAGGUUGAUCAUCUACCAGUUUUCAGGAAAGGACACUUUGGCAUCUACAAUCCGAAAGCAGACCGAGAGCGGAUGUCUCUGGGGCAGAAGUUCAACGAAGAUAAAAUCCUCCUUCUCUCGAUUUUGCCAGAGUUCUGCAUGUUCGACACGUUCAAGAUCCAGAUGCCUACGCAGGAUAUGAUCACUCGAGGCCUUACUGAGUUUGCCAAGACCAAAAAGGUCACUCUGUGGCUUUGCUUCGCCGCCCAGAUCUUCCUCGACGUUCAUCAUAUCAUGCGACACAGUACGUCGGGUGCAUUUGGAGACCUUCGAAUGUCCGGACUUCGCAUCCAGAAGACGAUCGACGACUACUUUCAGCUGUCGAAAACACACCCUCGGCCCAGAUUCUGGCCCAAAGAGGGUGACGAGGAGAUUCGAAUGAUAGGAACCACCGUGAAGUCAUGGAUCGUCCAAGACCUGUUUCAUGAUAUUCGAGUCCAUUCGGAACUCGCCCCCAUGGGCCUCGUGCCGGAAAAGCACGCACUCUUCUCGCAGCACGCUAUCCUCUGCGGCCUGAUCCUGUUCAAUCUCAACAUGAGAAUGCAGUUUGUCGGCCAGCAGCUCGUCACCAAAUGGUACGACGUCCAGCAACUGGCCUUCCUGCAUAACCUCGUCAUCACUUUUCCCCCGCACAAAGACCUGCGAUGGCCCGACAUGGAUGCUUUUCUCAAGAUCCACGGCGAGUCUCAUAUUUUCGUCGGUUCGCGGCCCAAGAACGCCAAGGAAUCGCUGAACCGGCUCGAGUUGGCGACAGGCAUCUCGUCUGCCGCCAAUUUCGCGCGUGACUCCCGGCGCAGACGAUUCCACAAGCCGGACGGCAAGAACCCCCGGGUGCUCGAGUCCACUACUCCCGUCGCCAACCUGUUCUUCACCCAGUACGUGGGUGGUCGUGGUCCCGAGGAAGACGGCGGGAUCAUGAACAUCGACCGCAUCCUGGACGAGCUUUCCCAGCGAUCCAACCUUGAAUCAUCAUCAUCAUCCAGCAGCAAGGAGCGUGCAGCCAACAAAAGACUCAAUCCGGAACUCCUCAUCACCCGCAAGUGGUCCAAUACCCACAACCUCGACACCCUGCAGCUUCUGGCCUUCCUGAAGACGAAGUUAUUCGAAGCCGAGCCGGUGAUCCUGUACAACUACUUCGGCAUGCACAAACGCGCCGUGGAGUUGCUGAGACGGAUCCGCGACAAGGAGCACCAGAAGUUUGUGCAGUACUUCACGGCCGCGUAUCUGCCCGAUGAGUCCUUCAUCUCCAAUAUCGUCCUCCUCAUCCUUCACGUCGCGGAUGGCUCGGCGCAGAGUGCACGGGCAUUGGGACUGGGGUCUGGCGGAAGUGAGAUCGUGAGUCGGAUCGUCACGAGUGCGGGCGACGUGAUGCGAGAAUACUUGAAAAAGAACGGAGACAUGGCGUGCAAAGAGUUGCGGGUCUUCUGCACGAAUAAGAAGCCGAUUCAAGAUGAUAAUGAUGCUGCUGCUGCUUAUGCGAACGGCAAAUCUCUGGAUGAGAUGGCGUAUUAUUGGUUCAGUCUGGAAGAUGUCCUGGGUCCUAAGGGCGUGGCCUCCCUCAUGACUGGGAUUCCGAUUGCGUAGGCUGGCUUAUGGACCUGUUGUCGCCUUGUUUUAUGUACG